AGGAUGGCGUGCGCCCGCAGCUCCCCGUGCCUCCCACUGCUGCCCGGUAGGAUGUCCUGGCCCCAUGGGGCCCUGCUCUUCCUCUGGCUCUUCUCCCCACCCCUGGGGGCCGGCGGGGGCGGCGUGGCCAUGACAUUGGCGGCCGGAGGGGGCUCCCCACCGGCCACCUCCUGCCCCGCGGCCUGCUCCUGCAGCAACCAGGCCAGCCGGGUGAUCUGCACACGGAGAGAGCUGGCUGAGGUCCCAGCCAGCAUCCCUGUCAACACGCGGUACCUGAACCUGCAGGAGAAUGGCAUCCAGGUGAUCCGCACCGACACGUUCAAGCACCUGCGGCACCUGGAGAUCCUGCAGCUGAGCAAGAACCUGGUGCGCAAGAUCGAGGUGGGCGCCUUCAACGGGCUGCCCAGCCUCAACACGCUGGAGCUGUUCGACAACCGGCUCACGACGGUGCCCACACAGGCCUUCGAGUACCUGUCCAAGCUGCGGGAGCUCUGGCUGCGCAACAACCCCAUCGAGAGCAUCCCCUCGUAUGCCUUCAACCGUGUGCCGUCCCUGCGGCGCCUGGACCUGGGCGAGCUCAAGCGGCUGGAGUACAUCUCGGAGGCGGCCUUCGAGGGCCUGGUCAACCUGCGCUACCUCAACCUGGGCAUGUGCAACCUCAAGGACAUCCCCAACCUGACGGCCCUGGUGCGCCUGGAGGAGCUGGAGCUGUCGGGCAACCGGCUGGACCUGAUCCGCCCGGGCUCCUUCCAGGGCCUCACCAGCCUGCGCAAGCUGUGGCUCAUGCACGCCCAGGUGGCCACCAUCGAGCGCAAUGCCUUCGACGACCUCAAGUCGCUGGAGGAGCUCAACUUGUCCCACAACAACCUGAUGUCGCUGCCCCACGACCUCUUCACGCCCCUGCACCGCCUGGAGCGCGUCCACCUCAACCAUAACCCCUGGCACUGCAACUGCGACGUACUCUGGCUGAGCUGGUGGCUCAAGGAGACGGUGCCCAGCAACACGACGUGCUGUGCCCGCUGCCACGCACCCGCCGGCCUCAAGGGCCGCUAUAUCGGUGAGCUGGACCAGUCGCACUUCACCUGCUACGCGCCGGUCAUCGUGGAGCCGCCCACGGAUCUGAACGUCACCGAGGGCAUGGCAGCCGAGCUCAAGUGCCGCACGGGCACCUCCAUGACCUCCGUCAACUGGCUGACGCCCAACGGCACCCUCAUGACCCACGGCUCCUACCGCGUGCGCAUCUCCGUCCUGCACGACGGCACGCUCAACUUCACCAACGUCACCGUGCAGGACACGGGCCAGUACACGUGCAUGGUGACGAACUCGGCCGGCAACACCACCGCCUCCGCCACGCUCAACGUCUCGGCCGUGGACCCCGUGGCGGCCGGCGGUGCUGGCGGUGGGGUCGGCCCGGGCGGCCCGGGCGGCGGCGGCGGCGGGGGCGGCAGCGGCGGCUACACCUACUUCACCACCGUGACCGUGGAGACCCUGGAGACGCAGCCGGGAGAGGAGACCCUGCAGCCGCGGGGGACGGAGAAGGAGCCGCCGGGGCCCACGACGGACGGUGUCUGGGGCGGGGGCCGGCCCGGGGACGCUGCCGGCCCUGCCUCGUCAUCCACCACGGCGCCAGCCCCGCGCUCCUCGCGGCCCACGGAGAAGGCGUUCACGGUGCCCAUCACGGACGUGACGGAGAACGCCCUCAAGGACCUGGACGACGUCAUGAAGACCACCAAGAUUAUCAUCGGCUGCUUCGUGGCCAUCACGUUCAUGGCCGCCGUGAUGCUCGUGGCCUUCUACAAGCUGCGCAAGCAGCACCAGCUCCACAAGCACCACGGGCCCACCCGCACCGUGGAGAUCAUCAACGUGGAGGACGAGCUGCCUGCCGCCUCGGCCGUGUCCGUGGCCGCCGCCGCCGCCGUGGCCGGCGGGGGGGGCGUCGGCGGGGACAGCCACCUGGCCCUGCCCGCCCUGGAGCGAGACCACCUCAACCACCACCACUACGUGGCGGCCGCCUUCAAGGCGCACUACAGCGGCAACCCCAGCGGCGGGGGCUGCGGGGGCAAGGGCCCCCCAGGGCUCAACUCCAUCCACGAACCUCUGCUCUUCAAGAGUGGCUCCAAGGAGAACGUGCAAGAGACGCAGAUCUGA